AUGCUCAACACGAAAUUUCGUAUUAAAUUUUCCACGAUCAAACAAUCAAUAAUAACCUCUAACAAUAAUGUUCUUUUAAAUUAUAUUCUUCAUAGUAAUAAUAAUAAUAACCAAAUUAGAUGUAAUCAUCACAGAUCUGUUCAAUCUCCACCUUGGACAAAACAAUUUUCAAAGGAAUGGAUAGUGGAUAUGAAAACUCCAUGUUUUGUUGUGGAUUUGGAGAGAUUUGAGAGAAAUUGUCAAAAUAUGAUCAAGAAGGCUUCUGAUUGUGGGAUUUCAUUGAGACCACAUGUUAAAACUCACAAAACAUUGGAAGGAGCAAGGCUACAAACAAAAGAUAUGCUAGAGAGAAAGAUUGUUGUUUCAACAUUGGCAGAGGCUGAAUUUUAUGGUUCCGAUAUGUUCAAUGAUAUUCAUUAUGCUGUACCUAUUUCUUCUAAAAGUAAAUUGGAACAAGUUGCAAAAUUAACACAAAAUCUCAAAGCUUUUCAUAUUGAGGUUGAUAAUGAAGAUUCCUUGGAUUUAAUUGAGGAUUAUGCUAAAUUGAAUAAGGUUAAAUUUUCACUGUUUGUUCAAGUUGACUCUGGACAACAUAGAAUUGGUGUAGAUCCAAAUAGUGAGGCAUCUGUUGAAUUAGUGAAGAGAAUACAUAAUUCUCCAUAUCUCUCAUUUGCAGGACUCUACACACAUGCUGGACAUUCAUAUGGAUGCCAAGGGGUUGAGGAAAUUAAAGUAGUAGCAAGGGAUGAAGCAAAAAUUAUCUCAGAUUUUGCAAGAAAGCUCAUUAGUGUCGGAAUUAAACCAAAGACUGUUGCUGUGGGAUCAACACCAACUUGUUCGAUUGGUUCAAGAGAUGAAUGGAAGACUAGUGAUAGUUUGGUAAAUGAGCUUCAUCCUGGAAAUUAUGUAUUCUUUGAUUAUAUGCAAACAAAGAUUGGAAGUUGCAGUGUUGACGAUUGUUCUGCAUAUUUAGUUUCGAGUGUUAUUAGUACUAGACCAAGUAAGAAUCAAUUAGCUAUUGACUGUGGAGCAUUGUCUCUCAGUAAGGAUGUUGGAGUUUCAUCAUCAGGAAACGCAUCAUAUGGACUGAUAAUGGAAGAUGAAUCAUUACAACUAACAGGUCUCACUCAAGAAAUUGGCAUUGUGACAGGUGAUAAACCAAUCGAUUUUAACAAAUUUAAGGUUGGCACUAAGAUUACAAUCAUUCCUAAUCACAGUUGCCUUGCCGCUGCUUUAUUUGACAAGUAUUAUGUUGUGGAUAAUUCUACAGAUUUGAAUUUGGUUGCUAUAUGGAAAAAUGUUAGGGGAUGGUAG